AGAACGUGCACAGACCGAGCUCUAUCCACACUGUUCAUAGAUAAACACAAGAAUCGUGUUUGCAUCUCUGAACACAAGACAACAUGAGAAAAGUUGCUCUCUUUCUGCUACUGAAUGGACUGUUGGCCAUUGGACAAGGCUGGCAAAACGAAUUUGACAGUCCUCUAAGUUUUAAAUGUCCUGCAGGCCAGUCAAUAUCCUCCAUCAAGAGCCAAAACAGCAACCAUCAUGAGGACCGGCGUUGGGAUUUUACCUGCAAACCCACUAACCAGCCGAAUGCAGAGUGUUUCCAGUCACCUUACGUCAAUGACUUCGACAAAGCCUUCACGUUUGAGUGUCCAGCACAACAUGCGAUCGCAGGAAUGAGCAGCUACCACGACAACUACUAUGAAGACAGACGCUGGCAGUAUUACUGUUGUAAAGUGGAGUGCACUUCUGGGAAUCCUGGAAAAUGUCAAUCGACUUCAUACGUGAAUGCCUUUGAUGAGGACUUCCACUGGAAUGUGCCUCCUCACAGUGUUCUGGUGGGUGUUGAAAGCUACCAUCAAAAUUAUCAAGAAGACCGACGCUGGAACUACAAGUACUGUGUCAAACCGUGUCUGUAAGACUCAAUGAUCUCUCAAGGUUUAUGAAACCUCUGAAAUAAAAGCAAGAUAAAAGACAAAAAA